GAGAGCGCUAAAAGCAACGUACACCUGAGAGAAAAAGCAGAUGAUGAAGAGAAGUGGGGAAACACAUCCAGUUCAUUUGAAGGAUCUGCGUUCCAUGAACAUCCAAUGCCAGAAGAACCUUCUGCAGCAAACAAAAGGAAUAUUCGUAAACACAAAGAGGAGAAACUGUGGAAUUUCUCCGAGUGUGGAAGGAGUUUCCAUGACGCGAUACACCUUACUAAAUGUCAAAGAAUCCACACAAAAGGGAAAAUGUUUCCAUCCGUGACGACUUUCGUUGACAACAAAAUCCUUAAGCUGCAUGAAAGAAAUCACACGGGUGAGAAGCCCUAUAAAUGCUUAGAGUGUGGGAAGAGUUUCAAUCAGAAUGCACACCUUAAAACCCAUCAAACGAUCCACACAGGGGAGAAGCCCUAUGAAUGCUCGGAGUGCGGAAAGAGGUUCCGUUAUAGGAAAACCAUGUUUUCUCAUCAAAGAAGGCACACAGGAGAGAAGCCCUAUAAAUGCUUAGACUGUGGGAAGAGUUUCAAUUGGAGCUCAGAUCUUAAAACCCAUCAAAGGAUCCACACGGGGGAGACGCCCUAUAAAUGCUUAGAGUGCGGAAUGAGCUUCCGGGAAAGCAGAGGCCUAAAAACGCAUGAAACAAUUCACACAGGGGAAGAGCGCUAUAAAUGUUUAGAGUGUGGAAAGAGUUUCCAUUGGAGCUCAGACCUGAAAAACCAUCGAAGAAUCCACACGGGGGAGAAGCCCUAUCAAUGCUUAGAGUGUGGGAAGCGUUUCCACUGGAUCUCAAACAUGAAAACUCAUCAGAGAAUCCACACGGGGGAGAAGCCCUACAAAUGCUUAGAGUGUGGGAAGAGCUAUGCGGUCAGCGCCCGCCUUAAAAGGCAUCAAAGCAUCCACAUUGGGGAGGAGCCGUAUAUCUGCUUGGUGUGUGGCAAGACCUUUUUUAACAGCAGAAACCUCAGGCUGCACGAAAGAAUGCACACUGGCGAGAAGCCUUAUAAAUGCUCAGAGUGUGGGAAGAGCUUCAAUUGGAGUUCGGGGCUUAAGAUCCAUCAAAGAGUCCACACAGGGGAGAAGCCCUACGAAUGCUUAGAGUGCGGGAAAGGCUUCAGUAUCAGUACGAGCCUUAAAAGACACGAAAGAAUCCACACAGGAGAGAUGCCCUAUAUGUGCAUCCAGUGUGGAAAGAGCUUCAGUGACAGCAGAACCCUUAAAAGACAUCAAAGAAUUCACACGGGAGACAAGCCCUAAAAAUGGAGGACCAAGCAUACUCAAUUAACAAACAAGCUUUUGGUGUAAGAAGUCCACUAGAGGUCUUCCAUGUUCAAACACCAGUACUCUGAGAAGUGUUUUUAAUU